CGCCAGUCGAGCGAUCCGGAGCGGGCUCGUGGCUUUUCCCCAAUGACGGCUACAAAGUGACGACACCUCCACCCACCGUAAACUCGUCUAACAACACAUGUGGAAGACUAACCGGAGAAUGAUACAACCAUGAUUCGAUUGGGAAACGAUCCUGAUAGAAGGCCGUCGGCUCAGGUGACCCGUACACACUGUACAAAACGGUGACAGAGCUCUAAAUUACAGCCAUGGACACGCAAAAGAAGUAUCUGUGCCCCCGCUUGGUGGACUAUCUCGCCAUUGUGGGGGCCAGAUUGCCCUCAGCCUCUAGGCAGCCUGUGCAGGUUCCAGAAUUGUUGCGGAGAUACCCGGUGGAAGAUCACAAAGAUUUUCCACUGCCCCUGGACAUGGUUUACUUCUGUCAACCGGAGGGUUGCACCAGCGUGGGCCCUAAACGAACAGCUCUGCGAGAAGCCACCUCCUUCACCUUCACUCUCACGGACAAAGACUCCGGCAAGACUCGGUACGGGAUUUGCGUGAACUUCUAUCGGCCAAUAGAAAGGGUAGGAGCGACGAUCGGGGGUGGAGUCUCGGUCAGAAGAGACAAGUACAAUACUACGUCGAGAAGGGAGAGCUGGAGGAAGAGCAUGGAGAAGAGCACGGACUCUGCCUUUUCUAGCGACUAUAGGGGCAGUGCAGUUGGUCCUAGCGACUCUGAAAAAGAAUGUCCAAGCAGCAGAAGGGACUCCGAUACUCCCCAUAUACCCAGUGCCCCGAGAUUAGGCAUCACCGCGCCCAGUGGAGACAGUGAAAGCGGGGGCAGCCAUUCUCCAUCGCCGCGGGCUUCCCGCAGACGACAGAGGAUACGAAACCAUUCAUUGACGUCGCUUUGCAUCAUUUCCCAUCACCCGUUCUUCUCGAUGUUCCGCGAAUGCCUUUUCGUCUUGAAGAGGAUCAUCGACGCGUGCAACGAGAGUUUCUCGCCGCAAAAAGUGGGAGCUUCCAGGCAGACCAACAGAGACACGGUUUGGAGCGCUCUGACCGGGCAAGUGUUCGAGGGAACGCCGUCUAUAGUCCUCCACGACGUGAGGGAGAUCGAGACGUGGAUAUUACGUUUGCUGAGCAGCCCAGUGCCAGUCCCCACAAAGACCCGCGUCGAGGUUGAGAUCGUGUCGCAAAGUAUGCAGCCGCCACUCUGUUUUGCACUCCCAGACCACACUAGAUUUUCUCUCGUUGAUUUCCCUCUGCAUCUACCCUUGGAACUUCUUGGCGUUGACAUAUGUUUGAAGGUCCUCACGUUGAUUCUCUUGGAGCACAAGAUUGUGUUGCAAUCCCGCGACUACAAUGCCCUGUCGAUGUCCGUAAUGGCGUUCGUUACAAUGAUUUACCCUCUGGAGUACAUGUUCCCCGCGAUACCGUUGUUACCCACGUGCAUGAGCUGCGCGGAACAGUUGUUGCUUGCACCUACACCAUUUGUUAUCGGAAUACCCGCAACUUUUUUAUUGUACAAAACGAACUUUAAAAUGCCCGAUGACAUAUGGCUAGUGGACCUAGACAGCAAUAAGAUUAACCCGCCGACUGGCCUGCGCGACCAGUUGCCCCCGUUGCCCGAGCCAGAAGGCAGCAUACUAAAGAACCACUUGAGACAGGCGAUGCAACUGAUGGACCAAGCCGGCUCUGGUGCAAUGGCUAGCAUGACUCCGCAACCCUUCUCGCAGGACAAUCCCCCGCGAUCGUCGCUUCAGGCUCCCAGCAGAAGGGAGAGCAUUACGUCUCAUCUGUCCGUUUUGAGCGUUUCGUCGAUGAAGCACAGAUCGAGCAUCGACCACCACGCGCAUCCUCAGAGCAGUCCACUGGGUUCCCCCAGCACGAACGUAACAUCCGGUCCCCGUAGACCGUCCAUUUCGCAAUCGAUCGGUUCGUCGUCGCCACAGAAGCCCGGCUCGCAAAUAACGCCAUCGUUCAACCCUUUCAUCUACGCCAACGACGUGGAUUCCGUGGACAUCGCGACCAGGGUGGCGAUGGUGCGUUUCUUCAACUCGCAGAACCUGCUGGCGAACUUCACCGAGCACACCAGGACCCUCAGGCUGUACCCGAGGCCCGUGGUGGCUUUCCAGAUCAACUCGUUCCUUCGAUCGAGGCCAAGAGCCAGCCAUUUUCUGAGCAAAUUCGCGCGGACCCAGGCGGUCGAGUUCCUGGCCGAGUGGUCCUUGACGCCAAGCAACGUGGCGUUUCUGAGGGUGCAGACCGGCGUGUUCGAUCCGGCCCAGAUCGGCGACAAGCCGAAAUGGUACGCCUCCGACUUGAAGCCCAUCUCUUUCCCUGUUUGGGACUCCGGUAGCUCGCUGGCGAACGCCCUCAAGGCGAUGAGGGAGCACGAGAGUCAACCGACAGAUGAGAGCGGAUCAGACUCAGAAGGCGCGGAGAGCACUAGCUCUUCUUACUCCUCUUUGAGCGACUUUGUCUCCGAAAUGGCCUCCUCCGACCUCUCGCCCAGUUACAAUUGUUCGCAAGUAGCGCAGCCCCAACAAAUGUCCCUACCGGUGGAUCUAAAGGAGGUUUAUAAACCACCGAGUACAUUGCAAUACCCAGGGGUGGAGGAGGAGUCAACGGUGAGGCCAGAGAGUCCACCCAGCACCUCAUCGAGCCACAGCGAUCUGAGCAGCCCCAGCUUCAACAGAGACUCGGAGUUCGAGUUGAACCCGAAAGCUCAAGAAGGCUCGCAAUCGACCAACGAUAAAGAGGAAGGUGGUAGCUUUGAGUCAGACUCUGCAUCAACAGUAACACCACGUACAAUCCUGAGCGCACAAAGUUCGGUAGGACAGUUCGGAAUAGGCACGGGGUCGUUGGCCGCUCCUACGGUCAUCAACAGUGAACGUCCUGCCACCUCCCACAGGAUCUCACGUAUUCAGCCCGGCGGAGCAGUUCUCCAACGUCAUCCGAGCGUGGGGAACGUUUUGGUGAGAGCGUCCAGUUUUGGGGCUGGAACCGGGCCAGCCUUGCCACGACAGACCAGCAGCAGCAGCAACGAGAACUCCGAGUCGUCCACGGUUUCUCGACAACUGUCGCUGGGUGGGACGCAAUCCACGGAAGGUGGUCAAAGGCAGAGCAUUCCGAACGCUACGGGGAACGGUGUUCUGCGACAGGGCUCUCAAGGAUCCCUCUUCGAGCAGAUCGCCACGCAAGCUAAGGACCUGGUUCGCGAAACGACCAGGCAGAGCAGUCAGGAUGGACUACUUGCUCAUAUGGAUAAGUUGAAACAUCAGGCGAAGGAGAAGAUCACGGAAGCCGGGGAGGAGAGUCUGUUCGCGCCACUGGAGCAGUUGACGCAACAAACGAAGAAAGCCAUGGGGGAGGCGACCAAGUCUGUGCAAGAGGCGUCGAAAACUGCUUUGGAGGCGAGCAAAACCGCAGCGGGGGUCAGCAAAAACACGUUCGACGAUUUAACGUACGUGGGCAAGAGCACUUUUGGCGAUCUGACGAAAAGUGCCAAGGAAGUGGCCGUGAAAAAGGGCCUGAUCAAAGGUUUGGGGGACACGCAACAAUCGCCCCCACCAUCUCCAGGAAUGUUGCAAAGAAGGGAUUCGAGCAGCACGCAAUUGGUAUCUUCGGAUAGUCGCGGGGGACGUAGGGAAAUCGGACGUGAUUUUUUCAGCAAUAUUAGUAGCGAUUUAAAUGGCAUUGCCGCGCAAACGAGCAGCAUGUUUAGCGAUUUAUUCGGCAGUAAAAAUAAUUCGAAUCGAAAUACCGGUCUCCACCCUCAGUCGCAGAAAUCUGAGAAGAAGACACCUAUGCUCGGACCUUUCCCCAAAACUGGAAAAACUGGACUGGCCGAACGAUCGUCGUUAAUAAAACACUCGAACAAGAGCAGCCAGGAGGACAUUCAGAGGAUGCAAAACGCAGAACGGUCCAGUACGAACAGCGACAACCAAGCUUUCCUCACGGACGUGGUGAAUCAAGUAUUGACCGGGGAAGGGGUUGGUUGGCUGAAGCUGAACAGACUGAAGAAGCUAAUGGAGGACGAGAGCUAUCGGGACCUGGUGGUGACGAAACUGAACAAAGGUUUGAACAAAAAAAUCAGUCCCGACGAUCACAUCGACGACGUGUGCGUCACGCAGCCAGUUUACAAGGGAAUGCUAAAGUGCCUUCAAGCAGUGUCCCACGGUCUCAUACACACUUACACUAAUUUCGGGCUGGGCGGAAUGGCUUCCGUUUUCCAGCUAAUGGAGAUCGCGCACACCCACUACUGGAGCAAGGAUAUCACCGAAGGAACUGGUUUCGAUAAUUCUAUGAUGUCUCAAGCGUCCAGUCCAUUCGGCAGCAGGGAGAACUUGAAGUCACCACAGUCCCCUUCGCAGCCAGAAUUCACCGACGACCGACAGAAAUCAGACCCGCCUCAAGUUUAUUUGGAGAUGCCUCACGGACACACGACGCCGGCUACCGAGGGCAAUCAAUCGACCACGGACAUGUUCCUCGAUAUGUUCACCAAAAAGGGGAAGUUCCUCAGCAGGCUAACGUCGUUCGACUCCGAGAGUGGGCGGGGAGGUGGAACAGGAAGCAGCGAAGCUUUGUCCACAGACGGAGGUAGCAUUAUCACUAAUCCUGCUUUUCGGCAAGCGCACCAAGCUUCUUUCCGAAGCACUGUCUCUGAUAGCGAGGUCGAGCAAGGCAAUUUCCCGCGUCAGCCGAAGCAACGCACAGGCAGCGUUUGGUCGAGCAAAUCGUCGUUGAGCACCGGCUUCCGGUAUCACGGAGGAAGCCUGGUGCCAACCACGACCGCCCCGAGUCCAGAGGCUGCUAGAACCUACUUGUUCGAAGGCUUGCUGGGGAAAGAGAGGUUCUCGCUUUGGGACCAGAUGCAGUUUUGGGAGGAUGCGUUCCUGGACGCUGUGUCCCAAGAACGGGACAUGAUCGGUAUGGAUCAAGGCCCUGGAGAGAUGAUGGAAAGGUACAAGAGUUUGAGCGAGAGCGAGAAGAAGCGGCUGGAGCACGACGAAGACAGACUGUUGUGCACUUUGCUGCACAACCUAACCGCGAUUCUGGUUAUGCUGAACGCCGAUAAGACCGAGGUGAAACGCAAAGUGAGGAGACUGCUCGGGAAGAGCCACAUAGGUCUGAUCUACAGCCAAGAACUCAAUCAACUUCUCGACCAAAUACAUAAUCUUUUCGGGAACGACAUAGACUUGAAGCCACUGACGUCACGACAAAUGCACCGGCAGUCGUUCACCGUGCACGCCGGCAUCGACGCGGAGGGCGACCUACGUUUUCUCGAAGUCCGCCAUGACGGUUUGGUCCUUAGGUCCGUGAACGGCGUGAUCGUCGAGCGAUGGUGGUACGAACGUUUGGUCAACAUGACCUACAGCCCGAAGAACAAAGUCUUGUGCCUUUGGAGACGGAACGGCGGGCAAACGCAGCUGCAUAAGUAUUACACCAAAAAGUGUAAGGAGCUGUAUUAUUGCAUAAAGGAUGCAAUGGAGAAAGCGGCAGCCCGUGGCCGUGGGGCGAACAUGGGGGUGGAGCUUGGCGGGGAAUUCCCGGUGCAGGACAUGCGCACAGGCGAGGGCGGACUUCUUCAGGUUUGCAUGGAGGGCGUGGGUCUCCUCUUCGCGAAUAGCAAGGAUUUCGAGUUUUUUGUAAGACUCGAUCAUAUCCGCAAGUGCUUUACUCAGAAGGAUGGGAUCUUUGUAUUGGAAGAAUUCAAUCCUAAAACUAGACAAGUAAUUCAACGUAAAUAUAAGUCUCAAAUGGCAGAUCAAAUCUGCUACUCGGUACUCUGUGUGUUCUCCUACUUGGCCGCUGGGGUGGAGCAACGGAAACAACAACCUAAUCAGCAAUCACAACCCCAGCAACAAACCCAGCACCAGCACCACCAGCAACAGCAACAGCAACAGCAACGACAACAACAACAACAACAUCAAUCACAACAACAACAACAACAACAGAUUCAGCAACAGCAACGUCAACAGCAACAGCAGCAGCAACAGAAACAGUACCAACAACACCGACAAUAUCAACAACACCAACAACACCAGCAACAUCAACAACACCAGCAACACCAGCAACACCAGCAACAUCAGCAACAGCCUCAACAACGUCCUCAGUACCAAAUGCAACAGCAACGUCAACAACACCAACAACACCAACAACACCAACAACACCAGCAACACCAGCAACACCAGCAACACCAGCAACACCAGCAACACCAUCAACACCAGCAACACCAGCAACACCAACAACACCAACAACAGCAGCAUCAUUCAGGUAGCAACACGGUCCAGAAUCCACAGGGCCAGAAAACCACGCAUUUCGAUCCCUUUCCACGACAUCACUGACACAGAGGCAGACACUCGCUCCCAUUUGUGCAUAAUUACAAUAAGUGUGCCCCCUACGCUUGCCUACCCUGGGUGUAAGCAUCGUUCCUAACUCUCUACCGCGAAACGAACGCUAAAAAACGAAAAAAUGAAAAGGAAAAAAAAACCACCACGCGUUCGUUUCGCGUGACACAAUUGCUCGCGGAUACGGGAGCUGUUGCAUGCGCGACCAUGGCAAUAUCAUCCUCGUACUAUUUCAGAGAGUCAGCUCUAAAAAUCUCUUUUAAAUGUGACUAACCUAUUCGCACGCUAUUCGAGAAAGUAUUCGACGAGGUUCGUGUAGAACGAGAAAGUUGCGAGCAUUAUAUCAUAGAAAACGCAGCGCGGGACGCGGCGCCAUUUUGGUACGACCGAAUGAUCCUUAAAACGAACGCGAUUACGUAAAUUGAACACUUUUAAAACACCAUCGUAUUCGUGUAAUUAUUGUUCUGUACGAAUAUACCUGUGUAAAAUGUUUUAUCGGAAUUUCUGAUCCUUUUUUUUUCUUCUUUAUGCAAAUUCACAUUUUUAUUAAUAGAAUUAAUAAAAUCAGAGCUUUCUAGAGCUCUGUCUCAA